UUUGACGAGUCAUUGUCACCGUUUAUCGUUUUGUCAAUAAGUGGCAUUCUCGCUUGAUUAAAUUUUGGCAGUGCCAGAAGACAUUUAACCCUUGACUGUCAAAAAAGGAAAUAAUGGAAAAACAGAGGAAUUGAUGUUUAGAGUAUUCUUGGAUAACCUGAUUUCUCACAACAGUGACAUCAUGACAUGUGGAGGUUCAAUGACACGAUAGUGACGUCUCGGUGUUUGAAAUUCAUGGAAAAGUGGUGGAAGUUGAUCUGAGGCGCAGAUAUAAUGGAUAAAUCUGAGGAAAAGGAGAAGAAUCCAGAGGAGGGGCGACGGAGUGAGAGGCCGGGUCCAUCAGCUGAUGAUAAUGAUGAUGAUUCCUCGAUGGAGAAGAUACGAAAGUACUUCACCCAGAAGCUGAAGCUGUACGAUGCCCCUGACGAGGGCCAGAGGGAGACGAAAAAGGUGUUGAAGGAGCUGACGAUCGAUGGAAUUGUGGAGUACAUCAAGGGGGCUGGCUGCAAGAAAAUUAUAGUAAUGGCUGGAGCGGGGAUUUCCACGUCUGCAGGAAUUCCAGAUUUUCGAUCCCCCUCGAGUGGCCUGUACCACAAUUUAGAAAAGUACAAUCUGCCACAUCCUCAGGCGAUCUUCCAGAUCGAUUUUUUCACGGAGAAUCCGGAGCCAUUCUUCGUCUUAGCGAAGGAGCUACUUCCUGAGGGGUUCAAACCAACUCCCAGUCAUUAUUUCGUGAGAUUACUGUGGGAGAAAGGAUUAUUGUUGAGGCAUUACACACAGAAUGUGGAUACCUUGGAGAGAGUUGCUGGACUUCCGGGGGAAAAAUUGGUUGAAGCUCAUGGAACGUUCCACACAGGGAGGUGCCUCAAGUGCAGACGGCCUUAUGAUCUCCCUUGGAUGAAAGAAAAAAUAAAUGAGGGACUCAUUCCAAAAUGUGAGGAGUGUUUGGAGGGGGUGGUGAAACCAGACAUUGUAUUUUUUGGAGAAAUGCUACCAGACAGAUUCCACACAUUGAUAGAGCACGACUUUCCAAAAGCGGAUCUUUUAAUUAUCAUGGGCUCGAGUCUAGUUGUGCAACCAUUUGCUUCAUUGAUCGACAGGGUGCCCUCAACCUGUCCAAGACUCCUCAUCAACCAUGAGAAAGUGGGCCUGCAAGACAGACUAUCGAGAUUAUUCGGCCUUCGACAAGGAUUUGUAUUCGAUCCGAAGAGUUCAGAAGUGAGAAGAGACGUUGCUUGGGUUGGGGAUUGCGAUACUGGAUGCGAAUUAUUAGCUGAGAAACUCGGAUGGGGGGAUGAACUGAAAACCCUUAUAACGAACGAGCAUCGAAGAUUUGACAGUCAGAAAGAGUCAACUGUUAAAAAAUAAUUCUUUAUUAUCAUAUUUACACAAUUAUUUCUUUUACUUCAUGGUAAAGGGUUUUACGACAACUUCUAACGCCUCUCGUUGAUGCUGUUGCGCUACACCAACUGCUGGUGUUGGUGAUGACUCACGACCGCAAUACUUAAGCUGAAAUAAAAAAACGAAAUCAGUACGAC